GAAGUUGGUAACGCGCAACUGAGCAGACGAGUAGAAGGCAGUCAUCCGCUCAGGCUGCAGCGGCGCGCUUUACCGCUUCCAUCGGAGUUAACGUGUUCGCGCUGAAGCUCUCAGGACUCAUGACGCAGGCGUGUUGUGUAGUGUGCACUAGAGGGGCUGCGAAUGUGUGUGCAUGUAUGUGUGUGUGUAUGUGUGUGUGAGUGCGCGCGUGUGCGUUGCUGCCCAUGAGUGUCGGCAGCAGGGUGCGCUCACUCACUGGUGCUGCGAAUAAUCUGAGCUUGGUGACGCCGGGAUUUCAUUUAUACUAAGAGCUGUGGGUACGUCAGAUCAGGAGGAGGUCGCGCUGGAAUUUUGUGCCUUUGCUCUUCUUGAUUCUCCAUUUUUUGCUGCAGACAACUCCGAGGGAGCUUUGCUAACCUCUCACUCUAUUUUGUUGCUCUUUUUGGAACCAAAACUUAAUUUUUAGUUUAUUUUGUACACUAAAUCUUAAAGGAUCGGGGACUUUCUCCGGACUAUUGUUUUUUUUAUUCUUUUUUUAUUUCUGGAAAAGGAACAGCAAAAGAGAUUAAAUAUUUACCUAUUAAACAUUUUUUGUUACUUGGGGGUGUAAAAUGUAAUCGAUCUUGGUGAAAAAAAUCAAAUUAUCAUUUUAAAGCACUCGCUGAUAUCAGAAAUAAUACAUUUUUAAGACAGCAAAAAGGAAAUGUCCAGAACUUUCGGACGCAGUGAUAAAAGGUAGAUUCAGCACCAGGGACAGCUCCCCUGUAGAGAGCAGAGAAGAAUGUUGCCGCCAUCUAAAGGUCACAGCGGGUAUCGCGCAAACUGGUUUCUUCUGAUUUGUCUGCUUUUAGCGGUAAGAUUUUGUGAGACAAAUUAUUCUGAAGCUUUCUUUGCUUCCCAUUUGAGUCAACGGGGUAGAAAAUAGAAAAAAGGUCACAGACUUAUCUCUAAGAAUGUGUUUAAUUUGAAAAACAAACUGUUUAUGUAAAAAUUAAGGAAACACAAAAACAUAUUUUUAGACUUUCAAUAAUUUUCAGACUAAAUCUAAGUGAAUCCAUGUCAAAUUUCUAAACCCCCUAUAUCUAUGCUCCUUUGAUGUCUGGUAUGGACAUCAAAAAGCAUGACACACAGUCACAGGGCAACCCAAGGCGUCCUAAUUGAUGCAAAAGAACUGGAAGUGCAAUGUUUCUGACACCUUUACUCAUUAAAAAGGUUGCUUUGCUUUGAUCUUUUCCAUUAAAUCACCUGUUUGGUUUAUAAAUGUGGAUUUAAAUCUCCUGUUUCUGCAGCUGUCUCCUUCCCAGCACAUCAUCUACCUCUAGAUACCUUCUUAUGUGGCAACAUGGAAUCUAAGGCAAGAAAAUGUGAACCUAUGCUCAGAAGAGAAAAAGUUAGAAACCAAAAGCAAACAAUAAAAUAAAAAUAUUGAUUUUUAUACACAAAUGUGUCUAUUCUCUUCAUAUAUGAGCUUGUGAAAGUGAAAGCUGACACUGUCACAUUGGACGGGAGAAAAACAAAAUCCAGCUCUGGCUAUUUCAACUCGUUUUUCUGAGUUUGGAGCUGCAUGGUGGCGUGCUUUCUAUAGGCUACACAAGACAAUGGUGAGGCCACGAACAGUGUGCCUUUUACAAUAGAGCUCAGCAUGGGGACUUUGUCUUUGUCAACAGUGUGGAAUGCCCCAGGGGGGCUCACAUGGGGAGGACGAGCCAGGCCAGAGCGCAGCAACGCUCACCUCUUCCGACCUGGAAAAGUCCCUCUCCAACUGAAAAAGAGCCUGAAUCCAAGGACACAUGGCAGAGGACUGAGGGAUGGACAGCAGGGAAACCAUCAGGUUAGCCAGUUGAAGGGAUCCAAUAUGGCCUCCCUUGAGACAGAUUCAGCUUCAAGCGCCUCAAGUGUAGAAGGUAUAGACAGAAAUGAAUGUUGGGGAGAAAACGGGAAUGACAGAACUAGCACUCCGUGCUUGAAAACAUUGAGAUCUAGACAGAAAAGUACAAACCAAUCUGAAGAGGGAAGCUCCAACAACAUGGAACAGCUGGUGAGACCUCCCCUGCCUGGAAGAAAAGCACACAGAAAGACCUGCUCUAAAGACAACCAAGAGAGAUGGAGGGAAGGAGAUCCAGACAGAGAGGAGAACAAACAAGGAUCUGCACUUUUAGGAGGAAGGAAAGGAGAAAAGCAAAGGCAAAGAAAAUUUGAAAGAGCUGAGACACAAGAAGAAAGAACCUGGGAGAGACACCCAAGAAAAAGCAUUCAAACAUUAUCUGGCAUUAAAUCAGACAUCCAGGACACUUUGGAAGCUGGAGGGAGCUCGACCAACUCACACAGAGGACACACAUGUCCUGAACCUCAGGGCCUUGGCCCAACUGCGAUUCUCCCUGCCAGUUUAAACCCUCAGUUCUGUCAGGCUGCCGUCCAGAGAAAAUUCACACCUCUGUCAUCACAGAGACUUUCGCCAACAGACAUGCUCAGCAACACAUGCACUUCUUCUAGAAAUCCAGAUGCAUUGUGGGAGGAGGUGAGACCAGGAGCAACAUCUGAACAGCCAAUUCAAGGCGGUCAAACACACAUCCCACCUCUCACCCUCUCUAAACCAGAGGAGGAAGAAGAAGACCUUGAUGAGGAGACUGUGGAAGAUGAAGAGGAAGAAGGCAGCAGGCUGAGAGAAGUUAUGCCCCAAGCUUCCACCGCAGCUUGGGUGAAGCCAUGCACCUUCGCUGGAGAGAGGAGAAUGAGUAAAAGAGAGAAGAACAGGAUGAAGAGUUUGAGGAGAAGGCAAAGGAGAAGAGAGAAAUGGAGACAAGGUCAACAGCAGGAAAGCAAACAGAGUUUAACUGGUAAUCAAUCCAGCAGCAGCAGCAGCAGCAGUGAGGAUGAAGAGUCACUGAACAUGAUGAAGAGAGAAGGUUUCAUCUGUGCCGUCUGCUUGGAUGUAUACUUCAGUCCAUACAUCUGCCAUCCUUGCAGUCACAUCUUUUGUGAACCAUGUCUGAGGACACUCGCAAAGAACAGCCCCACCAACACGCCCUGCCCCCUGUGUAGAACAGUCAUCACUCACGUCUUCUUCCAGAAAGAACUAAACCAGGCAGCACGGACGUUCUUCCCAAAGGAAUACUUUACCCGGAAACAGAACUUUCAGAAAGCAAGCUGUGCAAAGUGGCCUCUACCAAGCUGUAGGAAAAUUUUCCGCAUUUUUGGAGCAGGCUUUCAGAGACAGUCCAGUCCAAUUCCGAGACGCCAGUUUCCCCACGGAGGAGGCUACCGCCUGAACACCAUGGACUUUGAGGACGAAUCUCGAGGCUGGAGAUUUGACAUGGACAUGGUUAUUAUCUACAUCUACUCAGUGAACUGGGUUAUUGGCUUCUUUGUAUUCUGCUUUCUUUGCUAUCUCUUUUUUCCUGCCUUUUGACAUGCAUUACAACACUUCAUGAAAAACUUAGAAAUGUUGAAGCAAAAUGAUGAAAGAAGAGUUUGGACUUAAAAGAGGAUUAUUAAAUAUCAAAGCAAAAGAAGCAUCUCAACUUUAGAAGUUAAUUAGACACCAAAGAGUGAAUUUAAAGGGUGGGGGGGGCAGUGGAAGGAGGGCCAGUGGUUCCCUCUCAGAAAAUAUUCAAAGAGAAAAAUUAGAACUAAGUAGAUGCUUGGAGAUUCAACUUUUUCCAUUCUCACCUCAAUUUGUCCUACUUCUGGCAGACUGGGAUUUAAAGAAGAUUUCCACUUCAAACAUAAUCCCAAAUACGUAAUAUGCAAAUACACAAAUUCUGGCAUCUAUUUAAAAUAGAUUUAGAAUUAUAUGUUUUAAGAUUGUGUUGUUCAGGCUUCAAACUCCCAUUGAACUAACUAAACACUGGACCAGGUCACUGUAUUUUUUUUUUCUUGGUGUGACAAAAUUAAUUGGUUUUUUUACAUGCAAUUAGAGAAAAAAUAAAAUCUUGAAAUGAAGCUCUUUCUGCUCAAACCUCCAUGGAUGUGAGCAAAUAAUAAAAUCACAUUUUUAACUUUGCGCUUUAUUUAAAAAGUCAAAAUUUCUUGAUCAAGAAUCGUAAUCGAAAUAUCUUCUUUUCUCCUCUCCUUUUUUUUGCAUAAACACACUUUGAAAAAAUAAAAACAGUUGUUUGCAACAAAUUCAUGUUUUUAUUUCAAUGUGUUUUCUAUUCUGAUGACAAUUUAUUUUGACAUGUCAUAAAUAGAAAUGAACAUGUAAAAUCUUUCCAUAAAGCCCAAAUCUUUAUGCUGUACUGGGGGGCAGCUGUGGGACAGUGAUCGAUCAGAGGACUUGUGAUCGGAUGGCUGAUGUUUCAGUUCCUGCCAAAGAGACCUUGGGAAAACACUGAACCACUCAGUGCUGAUGGUCCUGGUGCUCUGGCUAGCAUCCUGCGUGGCAGCUUCACCACCACUGUGUGAAUUAUUUCUCAUUUCCAAUCAAAGAUGAUGAUGAAGAAGGGAGAAGAUGACUAUAUAAUGGUAUUGACAGCAUUACUCUAAAGUGAUUGCACUGAAUGCAGGUUUAUUAUAGCCUAGGGAUUGCUGCAAUAUUUUUUGCAACUUUUUCAAUUAGUUCUGAACUGCAGAUGUGAUCUUUUUACGCAGUUAGAUAUAGUUUCACCAACAAAAAACACAAGUAUUGUGGGGGCUUCAAAUUAAAACCAAAAAUUAAGAUCAAUUCUGGUAAAUGUCAAUAGAAUGGGGCCUCAACAGAAUUAUGUGAAAAAUGUUUAUUCAGGUUAA